UAAUAAUUCAUUUUUUUUGUUGAAUCAAAUAUUACUAUUACUUUGUUAUUUAAGUUACUUAUUUUAAAAAUAAAAUUUCAAUCAUUAAAAACAACUAUUAAAAAAAAUGGAGGAUGGAAGAUAUGAAUAUAUAAAAUAUGCCACUAUCAAUGAUUACAUUAACUACACCACUGAACAAUUGGAGUAUCAAUCACAAAUCACUUGGAACUACAUGACUUUUAGAAAUGAAGAUUUAAGAUCAAGAGAUUACUUAAAGAAAUCAAAUGACUCUACACCAAUAGUUUAUAAAAAUUAAUUUGCCCAUGAAACCAUUAAAUAAAUAAAACUUUAUUUUAAU